UGAAUCGUGUUGUGAGGAAGUGUUUAGGAUCAUCAAAAUGAAUUGAAUAAAUAUGGGAUAGGUUUCAUUACUUUUUUUGAAGGCUACAGAAAGCGUUUGUUUACAUUCACAGUAUGUUUCGAAGGAUCUGCUUUUGAAGCUUCCUGAGUGCCCAGGACCAGGAUGGAGUCAGCGCUGUUGGAUGGCUGGAAGGAGGAGAGGGCGGAGCUGAGGGCAGAGGUGUCUCGGCUGCAGAAUGAGCUGGCUGAGAGUCACGCUGAGAGGGAGGAACUGGAGUCCCGUGCCCAGGCCCUCACAGACAGGCUGUCCCAGUCACUGGACCCAUCCCUGUGUGUGUCUCUGCGUCUGGACAGCGAGUGGAGAAGGAAGAUGAGAGAUGGCAGAGAGAGGGAGGCCAGGCAGGCUCUACUCAUCCACAAACUACAGAACAAGGUGCUGGAAUACCGGGAUCGCUGUCAGGGAAUGGAACACCAGGUGAAGACCGAAGAAAGGGAGCUCCUGAAACGUGAGAGGAGGAUCAGGGAUGAGCACAGUGACUCCUUAGAGAGCGCCCUCAUCAGGCUGGAGGAAGAACAGCAGAGGAGUGUAGGGCUGGCAGAGCUGAACGCUCUCCUUCGUGGCCAGCUCAGCCAAUCAGGGCAGGUAAAUGAAGCACUGAGGGAGGAUCUUUGCAAACUGACCACUGAUUGGUCCAAAGCAGUGGAGGAGGCGGGACUGAGGGAGACGGAGUGGCAGAAAGAGAAAGAGCGACUGACCAGUCAUGUAGACCAGGGGCAGAGUCGUCUGAUGUCCGUCUGGGGAGAUGUGAUCACUCUGAGACGACACUGUCACACUAUGAAGACUGCCACUGACAGGGACCUUUGGGAGCUCAGGGCUGAGUUCUCUCACCUUUCUUCCUCUCUCCUCUCCCACUGUGGUUCAGUGGUGUCUCUCUCUCUAUGGCCUAGUGACCCUACAACCAGCCUCCAUCCUGCUUCCCGCUCUGCCUCUGCCCCACCCCUCUCCUCCACCCUAGGCCCUCUCUCCUUGCAGGACCUGGACCACGACCAGAAGGAGAGGGAGAGAGAGGAGAGGGAGAGAGAUGAGAGGGAGAGAGAGGAGAAGGAGAGGGAGAGAGAGGAGAGGGAGAGGGAGGAGAGGGAGAGGGAGCUGACAGAGCUCAGAGACCUCUAUGAGGCUGAGACCCUGCAUCUGAAUAACAGGAUCUCUGCGUUAUCUCGUACCAUUCAGGACCAAGAGGAAAAGGAAGAACGCCAGGAGGAGGAGAGGAAGAUGGAGCGAGGGAGGGCUUUGGAGAAGCGAGAGAACAGAGAAAGGGAGUGGGAGAGACAGAGAAACACAGAGAGAACUCUAGAGUCUGUCUGUCAGGCCGUUCUAAAACUGUCCAAGGUUCUGUUCUCCCAGAGUAGCAGUAGCCCUACUCUGUGUCUGUCCAGCGAUGGGUUAGGACCAGACCGGUUGACUACAGGGCUAACCCAGGUGCUGGCUGUGUUGGCCCAGGCUGAGACCACUACAGGGCUAACCCAGGUGUUGGAUGUGUUGGCCCAGGCUGAGACCACCCUGCUGUGGCGGCACCAGGAAGUACAGGAGGCUGCGGCUAGCCUGCGGAGGCUGGGUGAGGAGAGAGCAGCGCUGGAACAGAGAGUCAGACAGCUGGAGACAGACACAGAGGAGAGGCAGACACAGAGCCUGCAUGGAGGACAGGAGCUCACGGACACACAGGACAUGUUGCUCAGUGAGAGAGAGAUGGUGGGCUCCCUGAGGAGCCAGCUGGAGGAAGAAGAGAGACGGAGUGAGGAGAGAAGGAAGGAGAACGAACGACUGAGACGGGAGAGAGAGAGGGAGGUGGAAGAGAGGAAGGAGCUGGAGAGUGAGAGGCAGAGACGAUUGGAGGCUGACCUGGUAGAGAGUGCCCAUCUCAGUGAGCGUGAGGCUCGUAUCCGCAUGGAGCUGCAUGCCCUACAGGGGGCGCUGCAGAGAGAACAGCUGGACAGGGAGAAGGCAGAAGAGGAAGCUGCUGAUGUUAAGAAUGCUCUAAGCAAGGCCCGUGAGUCAGUCUUAACCCUGUCAUCCGGUCAGACCCUUCUGAAGAGAGAAGUGUCAGAGCACCGUGAUGCCCUAGAGAAGAUGGCUGCCUUAAACGAAGCCCUAGCCAAGGACAAGAGAGAGCUCAACGCCCAGGCUAUACAGCUUGAGAUGGAGAUGGCUGACCUCCAGGGCCAGCUACAGGGACUGGAGUCAAAGGUCAUGACCCUUCGUAGGGAGCUGAAGACCCAGUCCAAUGAGAGCACAGAGUUAAGGACUCGUAGAGGAUCAGAGCUGAGCUCCCUGCAGCAGCUGAGGCACAGAGAGAGGGACCUGGAGAGUGAGGUGGAGACCCUACGAGAGGAGAAGGAGAGAGAAAUCACCGCUCUGGUGGAGGAGAGAGGGAUGGAUGGAAAACGACUGGAAGAGCUGUCUGUGCAGCACAGUGCAGUGUGUGGGGAGUUGAGCGGUCUACAGGCAGAGCUGUGCAAAGCGACAGAGCAGCGGAGGAGGGCAGAGAGAGAGAGUGAAGAACUACUAAGAGAGAGCCAGGAUGUGGCGGGGACUGUCCUCUCACUGGAGAGAGAGAGAGACCAGCUGGAGCAGGACAUAGAGGAACUCAGGAUCCUGACAGUGUCCCAGCAACACCAGUUAACCCAGGCCCAACAGCAGGUCUCAGGGCUGGAGGUAGAGCGGAGUCAGCUACAGGUCCAGGUCACCACUCUGCUCCAGACCAAGGACGUGCUGCAGGGGGAGGUCCAGUUUCUGAGGGGAGAGAUGGAGAGAGGGAUGAGCCAGACGGAGAAGGAGAAACAGGAGGAGCGAGAGGAGAGGGAGAGGAGCCAGAGAGAGAGGGAGGUCUGGCAGGCUGACCUGGAGAGGCUGCAGUUACAGGUGGAUCAGACGACAGAGAAGAGGACAAGAGAAGAGAGGGAACGGAGAGAAGAGAGGGAAGAAUGGCAGAGAGAGAGGUUGGCGUUGAGCUCGGAGCUGGGGCACAGUGAUGGAGAGGUGGUGGCGAUGAAGAACAGGAUGGAGGGAUUGGAGAAGGAAAAGGAGGAGAUGUCAUGCAUGUUGGAGGAGAGAGAUGCAGAGCUGGAGAGACUAACCUCAGAACACAAAAGCCACCAACACAGAGAGAGAGAACUGAAGGAGGAGGGGGAGAGAUGGAGGGAGAAAGCAGAGGAGGGAGAGAGAGAAAAUGAGAGACUGAGUCAGAGGCUCACUGAAAAAGAGAAGAAUGCCAGUGAACAACUAAAGGCUGUAAAAAGAGAGGGUGAGAAGGUAGCGGAACAACUGAAAAAGAAGGAGGUAGAGGGAAGGAAGAGAUUAGAGGAGAUAGAGGAGCUGAAAACUAGAAUGAUCUCACUGGAGGAAGACAGAGACUAUCUGGAGGCAGAACUGAAGAAAACGGAACUAUUGGAGAAAAAAAUGGUUGGCGUGGAGAGAGAGAACUCACAGCUGAGAGAGAGGGAGAGAGUGAAAUACCAGGAGGAGAGUCUGAGAAAGAGGUGGAGGGAGUCUGAGGGAAGGGAGAGAGAGGAGAGACUGAGAGAAAAGCUGGAGCAAAGCGAAGGGGAGGUUGAGGUCCUGAGAGUGAAGUUGAUUGUCUUAGAAGAAGACAGGGAUUGGGGGAAGAGAGAGCAACAGAAACUAGACGGGAAGAUGAGGGAAAGAGAAGUGGAGCUAGAGAAACUGUGGGGGACACUGAGAGAAAAGGAGGAGGAGAGACUGAGGGAGGAGGAAGAGGCAGGGGCUAGGUUACAGCAGAGAGAGGAAGAGUUGAGGAAUCUGAAAGACAGAAUGCACCAGUCAGAGCUCUCAGAGAAACAUAUCUCAGACCUACUGACAGAGACUGAGUCUUUACUAGAGACAGAGAGGAGUCAGGGCAGAGAGAGGGCCAAGGAGGAGAGGGAGAGAGAGCGAGAACGGGCACAGGAAACAGAGGAGAACAAUGAAAGACUGGAAGAUGAGGUGAAGAAAUGGAAAGAAAGAGUGGAGGAACGGAUAAGAGAAGUAGGAAGGCUCUCACAGCUCCUGGAGGAGAGAGAGGAGGAGGUGGAGGACUUUAGGGUGAGAGCGGUAGAGAGUGAGAGACAGAAGGAGGAGCUGAAAAGGAGUGAGGAGGAGAGGGAGAGACAGGAGGACGUGUUGAGGAGGAACCAGGAGGAAAGGGAAUGGUUGGGUGCCCAGCUGAGAGAGGAGCAGGCGGAGAGAGAGAGACUGAGGUCCAGACUAGAGGAGGUGCAGAGACAACGCCUCCUGCAGGAGGAUAGAGGAGGUCGCGUGGAGAGGCUGGGGGCUCAGGUUAAUGCCCUGGAGGAGGAGAGAGACCGCCUCCUAGCUGAGAUCAGGAAGAAGGAGAGAGAAGCUGGGAGCCUGAAGGACGAGACUCACAGAGAGAGGAGAGAGAAGGAGAGGAAUGGUGCCUCACUGAGGAGGAUGGAGGAGGAGUUGAAGGAGAGCAGGGAGGCGCUGGCCCUCAGUCUGGCCACCCUGAAGGAGCAGGAGAGAAGCAGGAAGGAGGUGCAGGAGAAGGAGGAGGACAACCAGAAGAUGAGAGAGGGGCUGAAGACAGCCAUGCAGGAGAUGGCUACCCUGAACCAGCUGCUGGAGGAGAGCCACAUCGAGGGGGAGAGGCUAAGGAGCCUCCUGCAGGAGAGGAAAGAGGAGGUGGUGAGGAGCAGGGAGGAGAGCCUGCGUGCCGCCCGGGGAGAGGUGGAGGAGCUGCGAGGGAGGACCAGGGCUGUGGAGCAGGAGAAGAGGGAGGUGGAGAGGAAGCUCAGAGCCAGAGAGGAGGAGCUGGAGGAGGCAGUGAGAGAGAAGGAGAGGAGACAGAAGGAGGUGGAAGAGGUGUUGGGAGAGAAGGAGUCUGAGCUGACCACCGCAAGGGCCAGACUGGAUGUCUUGGAGGAACAGAGGACAGAGCUCAGCUGUCUGGCUGCCGAGAAAAGUCAGGAAGUUACACAGCUGAGAGAGAGGAUCAGAGAGUUGGAGGGAGAGAGAGAAGAGAAGAAGAGAGAGAUUGAGAGGCUUCAGCGGAAGAUCGAGACGUUGAGACAGGAAGUGGAGGAUAGGAGGGAGAGCCUGAGGCGUGUAGAGUUAGUCACAGACAUGCUGAGAGAGAAGGAGACAGAGCUGGAGAGGCUGAGAGAGAAGGAGACAGAGCUGGAGAGGGUGAGAGAGAAAGAGAAACUGGAGGAGAGGAAGAGCGACUCAGAGGACGUGAAACUACAGAUAAAGAGUAUGGAGAAAGAAGAGACAGAUGGACAGAGGCGACUGAGAGAGCCUGGGGAACAAAGGGAGACGACAGACCAGAAGAGAGGAGAAGGAAGUCAGGAGGGUCCAGGAAAAGAGGUCUGGCUUCAGGAGGAGGUAGUUACUCUGAGGAAGAGAUUGUCAUCCCUGCUCCUGGAGAGAGAGGAGAGCCAGGAGAGCCUUAGACUGUUGAGACAGAGAGAAGAGGAGAGCCAGGAGAGCCUUAGACUGUUGAGACAGAGAGAAGAGGAGAGCCAGGAGAGCCUUAGACUGUUGAGACAGAGAGAAGAGGAGAGCCAGGAGAGCCUUAGACUGUUGAGACAGAGAGAAGAGGAGAGCCAGGAGAGUCUUAGACUGUUGAGACAGAGAGAAGAGGAGAGCCAGGAGAGUCUUAGACUGUUGAGACAGAGAGAAGAGGAGAGCCAGGAGAGCCUUAGACUGUUGAGACAGAGAGAAGAGGAGAGCCAGGAGAGCCUUAGACUGUUGAGACAGAGAGAAGAGGAGAGCCAGGAGAGUCUUAGACUGUUGAGACAGAGAGAGACGGAGCUUUACACCCUGAGAGAGAGAGUAGAGGAACUAGGUAAGGACAGAGACCGUGUCACAGCUGCCCUGGAGAAGACUGAGGCUGCCAUGAUUGGCUACCGGGACAGAGCCCACCAACAGGAGCAGAGCAGGGGGGCGGGCUCUGAGAGGGCCGUGGCCCAGAUAGAGAUAGACCCUGUGAUCCAGGAACGUCUGUCUGUCCUGCAGAGGGCCGUGGCCCAGCUAGAGAUAGACCCUGUGAUCCAGGAACGUCUGUCUGUCCUGCAGAGGGCCGUGGCCCAGCUAGAGAUAGACCCUGUGAUCCAGGAACGUCUGUCUGUCCUGCAGAGGGCCGUGGCCCAGCUAGAGAUAACCAACAGACGGCUACAGAGGAGGAACACACAACUGGAACAACGCACUGACAGACUAAAGACUGAGAGGAAGCACCUUAGAGAGAUGCUAACACAGGUGGAGAGAGGAUCAUCACAUAAUCAGUUGUCCUCCAGCAGCCCCAGAGACAGAGCUCAGGAGUCCAGGGGCUUGGUUGGUCUUGAAACAGAGGAGUUGGAACACUUAAGGACCAAGGUGAAGGAACUAGAGGAUCAGGUACACUGCCUACAGCUGACACUAGUCCUCGACCACCGGGAGAGGAUGGAGUUUAUCCAACACUCCUCCAGGAACAACCAAUGGCUGGUGUCUCUUCGCCAAGACUUGACUGAUUCGCUGGUGUUGGUCUCGCAGCAGCCAAUCCCCUCUGUGCUGGAGUCUGAGACGCACCGCUUGGAUAGGAGUGCCAGAGAGGAGGAGCUGAGAUUGUCUCAGAGUUGAAGAUGAAGCGCAGUAUGUUUGCCUCUGAAAUGGCAUCCUGUUGUCUUCCAGGGCUCUGGUCCAAGGUAGUGCACUAUAUAGGGAAUAGGGUACCACUCUCUGGUCUAAGGUAGUGC